CUUUCUUUAUAAUUCCUAAAUCUACUGUGGUUGUCUGCUACCGAAACCUAACCUAAUCUUGAAUAUUUCGGACUUCUAUUGUCAUUUAAGGUACCGUUUAAGUGUAUACAUAACCUCGAAUUUCAUUGACAUCUCUUUGGGCGGGAAUCUCGAAAGAUUUAUGCUUUCGUUUAAUUAUCUAGAAAAAUGUCACAGAAUAUUUUGAAAAGCAGCUUGGAAAAUGCUUCCUUCAAUAUUGUAUUUCAGAUAAUAUGUAGAGCUGUUACUUUUGUUUUAAAUGCUUUUGUUGUACGACAUGUGGGUCAAGCAGUUUUAGGAGUUAUAAAUGUGAGACUGUUGCUGUUGGAAUCAAUGAUUUUGUUUCUAUCUAGAGAACCAUUCAUGAAAGCAUGUUUAACUAAUACAGCAGAACAUAAUUGGGCUCAAGUUGUAAAUUUAUUAUGGGUGACGGUUCCUAUUUGUGUUGCAAUGUCUAUGAUGUUUGGAUAUUGGCUUUAUCUUUUAUCAACAUCUGAAGCAUUACCAUCGUAUUAUACAUUUGCUGUUUGGGCAGUUGCUUUAUCUUGUAUUAUUGAACUAUCAUCUUUGAUUGUUCAAUUAGUUGCUAGUGCAUUCUUAUUUGUUAGAUUGAAAAUUAUACUUGACACCAUUAUGAUUGCUAUCCGCACAUUGACAUUUGUUCCACUGGUACUUUAUAAUCCAGAGAAUGCAUUACUUGCAUUUGGUGUAGCUCAAUUAGUUGCAGCAAUAUUUUGUACCACUAGUCACUAUAUGUUUCAUUAUUAUAUUAGAAAACUGAACAGUUGUAAAUUAAAAAGGAGAAUGUCACUGAAAGACUAUGGCGACGAAUGUGUGAAAGAAUUUCCAUUUGAAACAGUAAUGGAUUUCCUGCCAGGACAAAUGGCAAAUAAAGAAUCCUAUCUAGAUAAAAAAUUAACUAUCCUUACAUGGAGUUUUCUUAGACAAGGAAUUCUAAAGCAAAUAUUAACUGAAGGAGAAAGGCUAAUUAUGACAGUAAUGCCAGUAUUAACAUUUACUGAACAGGGAACAUAUGAAAUUGUGAAUAAUUUAGGUUCUCUAGCAGCAAGAUUUAUUUUCCGUCCAAUAGAAGAAAGUGGGUACUUCUAUUUUACACAGAUGAUUAAACGAGAUAAACCCAAUUAAUGAUCAGAAUCCUGU